AUUCUUUCAGAAACGAACGAUGCAGCGAUUAUUAGUACUAUCGUUGAGCACAGUAAUUUUCAACGUCAAAAGAUUUUGAGUGCAUACGAAGGGAUGUUUGACAGGAAUUUGCUGGAUGAUAUCGAGGAGGAGACGGGUGGUUUCUUUUUCGAUCUGUUGAAAGCAUUGCUUAAACCGGCAUAUCGAUACUCAGCCGAUUUGCUUUUCAAAUCUAUUUCGAGUCGACGAGGCGGUCUUCUAUCAAUAGCUGUUGAGAUUGCAUGCACACGAUCCACAUCCCAAAUGAAAGUUAUUCGUGAUGCUUAUCAGAGUGCUUAUCACACACAGCUCGAAAAAGAUGUUGUCGCUAAAGUGGACGGUAUAUUUGGUAAAAUGUUACAAUUAUUACUGUGCGAAGCAAGAGAUGAACGCAGGCAUAAAGUUGAUAUGAAAUUGGUUGAUGAACAUGUCGACCUUAUUUUGGCGCGAGAAAUAAAAUUGAAGGCUCCGAAUGGAAUCGAAGAAUUGAGUCGUGAUCUGUCGUUAUUUCGACAAAUCUUUAUCGGGACCAGUUGGAAGCAUAUCGCAGCGAUUGCAGAUCGAAUUGAUAUGAGACUUGGAGGUGGAAAGGAUUUGGAAAGGACGAUACGAAUGAAUAAAACGAUGCAUUUGGAUAUCAGACACAUGCUAGAGGAUAUCCGUUCGUUUGCAGAUUUAUUUUAA